UCGAAAACCCAACGGACGAAACGUUAAUAAAAGUUUACUAUAUAAAUUUGUUUUUGACUCUGCCAUCAUGAGUUGCAAAGCGAAUUCUACGUCUAAAUCAAUAAAAUUCCAACCGAUGCCCAUGGCGGCAUUGAUUGCUAAUUUGAAGACGCUGCCAGCGACGUUAAACAGACGAGACUCGAGUGAUUCUUCGGACGACAGUAGUAGUUCAUUUGAUUUGUACUCAAAGAAGCCCCAAUCAAAGACAGUACCCACGGACUCUAAGAGUAGUGUUAAAGUUCCUUUGUCUGAGAAUCGCAGCGCAGUGAAAGCUCCCGUCGUGAAAAAGGUAGAAAGUACACCGAUUCAAGCGGAGAGAGCUAGUAACAAGGAGAACGUCUGUCGGUCUAGCAAGGCGUACAGGUUCCCUGGCGUGGACGUGCUGCCGACGAUCGAGGCUUCCACGUCGCAGCCUGUGACCGUAGAGAGCCUUCAAAAUGCUCAAAAACAUGCUCCUGUUGUUGACAAGAAGGAAAGUGCCCGGUGUCUUUUCCCAGAACCAGCCAAAGACCCACCUCAAUCGAUGGCACCACCCACACCAAGGGAGGUUGCCACAUUCUGUGCAAUAGUACACCCACCCACCGAGGUCUUAGCUGACUCUCAGCCAUCAUCCACCCAGCUACCAACGCCGACACAACCUACCCUACCGACACAGCAGACACAAGGGACACAGCAAACACACCAGACACAAGGGACACAGCCGACACAUCAGGCACAAGGGACACAGCCAACACAUCAGGCACAAGGGAUACAGCCCACACAUCAGGCACAAACAUCCGUGGCAGCGACACCAUCACAGCCCGCAGGCCCAAAAAGCUCUGCCAAAAUACAGUUUAAGACAAUUAAUAUAAAAGGAAAGAAGUAUAUGGUCAUUAAGAAACUUGGUGCGGGAGGGUCCAGUGAGGUGUUUAAGGUAUUAGAAAUCAGCACAUCAAACGAGUAUGCAGUGAAAUGCGUGGACCUAGCAACGGACCGCGAGAUGGCGCAAGGCUACCUGAAUGAGGUGAAGCUGCUGAGAAACCUGCAGAAGAGCGACCGAGUUAUCAAGUUAUAUGAGUAUGAAUACGAUCGUGCGAACAGCUACCUCCGGCUGGUGAUGGAGGCGGGCGAGACGGACCUGGCGUGCUUCCUGCGCGCGCACCGCGUCGGCGCACCGCCCGCGCUCGUGCUGCACUACUGGGAGGAGAUGCUGCGCGCCGUGCAGCAGAUACACCAGCAUGGAAUAGUCCACGCAGAUUUAAAACCGGCGAACUUCCUCCUAGUAUCCGGUCGGCUGAAGCUGAUCGACUUCGGUAUAGCGUCGGCCGUGUCCGGCGACGCCACCAGCGUGGUCCGCUCCUGUGGCAAGGGCACCUUCUCCUACAUCAGCCCCGAGGCGCUGGGCGGGGAGGGCGACCAUCCCUUCAAGGUCUCGUUCUACUCCGACGUGUGGUCACUAGGCUGCAUCCUAUACAGCCUGAUAUACGGCCACACGCCAUUCGCACACCUCGCCACCAUGGUGAAACUGGUCACCAUCAGGGACCCUAACCAUACCAUCGCGUACCCGCCCGUCGACUGCAUACUACCACCAUCCCUCAUCACGGCGCUCCAAGGCUGCCUCCGCUACGACGCCCACAGCCGGCCCACCGUCACACAGCUGCUACAAAUGAGGCACCUCCAAUACAACACGAGCCCCUUACCCGACGCGUUACUGGACAAGUUGAGGCCUGUCGUGUCGCAGGAGGAGUUCGCGAUGCUACAGAAGGCUAAGGUGUAUGAGGAGUGAAGCGUUUUG